CUGCUGGGAUCACGUGUCGCUGUGAGAGAGACAGAGGAGGCGGCGGCGGGAGCAGGGAGAGGGGCGGGGGCUGCUGCGGCGCUCCCGGGAACAACUCAGACACAGACACAGCUUGUUUUGGUUUAUUUCGCAAGGCAAGGCGGGGGAAGAGGGAGAGCCUGGCAGUAACUCCAGCAACUCCUAUCUCUCUCCUUCUCCGCAGCACAGGAUCAGCCGCCCUCCCCUCACUGCAGCCUGACCGGGCAGUGUCCAGUCGUGCACUCCGGAGUGUGAGAAAGGGGAGGGGGACAAGUCUCCAGUUGGCAGCCGGGGUAGGAGGAACAAGGAGGGGGAGGCAGUGCAGCUACCUGCCCUCCUCUUCUCAUCAGAUGCCACUUCUGCAACGCGAUGGGACUGAAUGGGGACACACACGGGCAGUGAUCGCUGUCGGCGGUGACAUUGUGCUGAUUCUGGAGGGGUGUCUGGUGGUCGCAGCCCGGUGGGAGUACUGAGCCCAGCGCAGGCAGCAGACACUGUUCCCCGCAGUACGUGCAUGCAUGCAGAGACACUAACUUGGAGAUUGGCUCUGCAGACCCAUGCACACCGAGAUGCCCCUGGCCGGGUGUGUGCUGCUCUCCCUCCUGCACUGGAUUACAUUGGGUUUAUUGCUGGGAGACUGCUGCUGCCGCUGCUCAUCUGUGGAUGUGUUAUAGUGCAAGGAGCUAUCUAAGGAGAAUACAACAACUCUGCAAACUGCUGGUGUCUCCCUGCUGCACGCUCCUGUCUUACUGCAGUCACUCACUGGUGCUGAAUGAGCUGUGAAUUUGUAUAGUGUACUUAUACUUUUAUUUGCAAAAACUGCAUAGGGUUUUUUUUUUGUUUUUUUUUUUUACUAUUUAUACCUUUGGUACCAUGGCCAGCCCCACAGACCCUCCGCCUCAGGAGAACUUCUCUGAUGUCAAGAAGGUGGGCUACCUUAGGAAACCUAAGAGCAUGCACAAAAGGUUCUUCGUUCUCAGAGCCGCCAGCGAGUCAGGUUUAGCCCGUCUGGAGUAUUAUGAGAAUGAGAAAAAGUGGAGGCACAAGUCUGGGGCCCCAAAGAGGUCCAUUCCUCUUGAAAACUGCUUUAAUAUCAACAAGAGGGCGGAUUCAAAGAACAAACAUUUAGUAUCUCUAUACACUAAAGAUGAGUGUUUUGCUAUUGCUGCUGAGUGUGAACAAGAACAGGAAGGAUGGUAUCAGGCUUUGGUGGACCUGCAUAACCGUGGUAAAACUCAUAGCCAUCACUACAAUGAAGGCGCUGCCAACGGGGUGCAUGAUGGAAUCAAUGGAGAUGAUAUUUAUGGGGAAGUGACCCCCCCUGGUCUUGCCUUUAAGGAAGUGUGGCAAGUGAUCAUGAAGCCUAAGGGUUUAGGACAGAUUAAAAACCUUGUUGGUAUCUACCGAUUGUGCCUGACACACCGAACAAUCAGUUUGGUAAAGCUUAAUUCUGACGCAGCAGCCGUAGUUUUGCAGCUCAUGAACAUCCGGCGUUGUGGUCAUUCAGAGAAUUUCUUCUUCAUUGAGGUUGGCCGUUCUGCAGUUACAGGUGCUGGUGAGUUUUGGAUGCAAGUGGAUGACUCUGUGGUGGCCCAGAAUAUGCAUGAGACCAUCCUAGAAGCUAUGAAGGCAUUGAGUGAUGAGUUUCGUCCACGCAGUAAGAGUCAAUCUUCUUCAAAUUGCUCCAACCCUAUUUCUGUCCCUCUUAGAAGGCAUCAUCACCUCAAUCAUCCCCCACCCAGCCAAGUGGGUCUUACCCGGAGAGCCCGCACAGAAAGUGUCACAGCCACUUCUCCUGCUGGAGGAACUGCUAAACAUGGAUCUUCAUCCUCAUUCAGGGUUCGGGCAUCAAGUGAUGGAGAGGGCACAAUGUCAAGGCCAGCCUCAAUGGAUGGUAGCCCAGUAAGCCCCAGUGCAGCCAGAGCUCAGUCACAUCGGCACCGAGGCAAUUCUCGACUUCAUCCACCUCUUAACCAUAGUCGCUCCAUUCCAAUGCCUGCAACUCGCUGCUCACCCUCAGCCACCAGUCCCGUCAGUUUAUCUUCUAGCAGCACCAGUGGUCAUGGCUCCACUUCCGACUGCUUGUGUCCUCGAAGAUCUAGUGCCUCGGUUUCUGGUUCUCCUAGUGAUGGUGGCUUUAUCUCCUCUGAUGAGUAUGGAUCCAGUCCUUGUGAUUUCAGAAGCUCUUUCCGGAGUGUUACACCAGAUUCUCUAGGGCACACACCUCCAGCUCGAGAGGAAGACCUUAAUAAUUACAUCAGCAUGGGCAAAUCCAGUAGCCUCAUUCAGAGAGGCACACAACCAAGGUACCAAUCAAGCAAGGGUGAGGAGCAUCCUGACCUUGACAAGGUUUUCAGGAAGAGGACUCAUUCAUCUGGAACUUCCCCUCCCUCCAUUUCUCAUCAGAAGAACCCAUCACAGUCAUCAAUAGACGAGUACACCGAAAUGAUGCCUUCUUAUCCUCUGCGCCUCCCAUCCUUUAGGCACUCUGCUUUUGUGCCCACUUAUUCAUAUCCAGAAGAGUGCCUGGAUCUCCACCUGGAAAAUAGCAGACCAAACCAAAGUGAUGAUGGCUACAUGCCAAUGUCACCUGGGGUUGCUCCUGUGCCUACAAAGAAUGGUGACUACAUGCCUAUGAGUCCUAAGAGUGUGUCGGCCCCACAGCAGAUAAUUAACCCAAGACGACAUUCACAGAUGGACUCUAACGGCUAUAUGAUGAUGUCCCCAAGUGGUAGCUGCUCCCCUGACAAUUUUAACUACAGCAAAAUUUGGACAAAUGGUACCAACCCAAAGUUGUCCAUAGAGAGCAAUGAUGGCAAAUUGGCUUGCAGUGACUACAUUAAUAUGUCUCCAGCUAGUGGCUCCACUACUAGCACCCCACCUGACUGCUAUCUGAAUUCUGUUGAAGAGCCAACCAAACCUAUCUGUUCAUACUUCUCUUUGCCAAGGUCCUUUAAACAUUUGCAUAGGAAGAAUGAAGAUGGUCAUUUACGGAUUUCUAUAAGUUCUGGUCAUCCAUUGUACACUGAGGAAUCCUCCUCUUCUUCCUCCACAAGCAGUGAUAGUCUGGGAGGACAAGAAACCCAACAAAGCAGGAAAGGUGAAACUUAUGUCCAAGGGAAGAGCAGUAGAUUGACCAGGCCCUCACGACUGUCUUUGGAAAGUACAAGUAAGGCCAGCACAUUGCCUAGGGCUCGAGAGCCUGCCUUACCUCCAGAGCCAAAAAGCCCUGGAGAAUAUGUUAACAUAGAGUUCAAUGAAAAGGUCUUCCCUGGGGGCUUGGUAUCUUCCAUACAUUCACCAUCUUAUGUUCAAAGCAGAGUGGUACCACAGAGAGAGAACCUAUCUGAGUACAUGAAUAUGGAUCUUAAGCACUGGAGGGCAAAACACUCUUAUGCCUCAUGUACAGCAUCCUAUAAACAGUCACGUAAGCCUACCAUGAGUGUGUGCUCUCCUGACAUAUGUAGUAGUCGCCCACCUGUCCGCGCAAAGCCAGUUCCACGGGACUAUAUGAGUAUGCAACUUGGUUCCCUUUGUUCAGAAUAUAGUCAGGUGCCACCAGCCAGGACCACUCCCAAGCCAAUCUCUCCUUGUAAGAGUAAUUAUGCAGAAAUGUCAAUUGGUGGUGUUCCUGAUAACUUGCCUGCUGCACCUCCUGGUAAUAAAAGCCUAAAUGACACUGCCUGCUCUUCUCUUCUGGGUCAGGGCUCUGGUCCCAGCGCCUUUACUCGUGUCAGCCUAAGCCCAAAUCGCAACCAGAGUGCCAAAGUUGUUAGAGCAGGUGACCCACAGGGCCGCAGGCGACACAGCUCAGAAACCUUUUCCUCUACUCCUACUACAGCUCGGGUAAAUUCUGGACCUGUUUCUGGUGAUGAUGUAAAAAGACAUAGUUCUGCUUCAUUUGAGAAUGUCUGGCUCAGGUCUGGAGAUACAGUUAGGAGAGAGUCUCUGCAAACUUCAGAUCACCAUCAUAAUGGCCUCAAUUACAUUGACCUGGACAUAGUCAAGGAUUUGAGUGGCCUGGAACAUUGUAACCCACAUCAGCCUGGGAUAUCCCACACCUCAGAUGAUCUGAGCGCCUAUGCUAGCAUCACUUUUCACAAGUUGGAAGCACGCAGGAGCCAAGCAGAAACAGAAGAAUAACAACCUCUGCCACCUCAGCAAAUCACCCUUUUUUUUUUUUAAUCUCAAGGGAUUAUGGACUCUUGGUAGCCUCCACACAUCACAACUAGGACCUCACAUCCUUUUCGUCAAUAGAUGGUACGCUGCAUCCACUUCACUUUGUUUACUAUACACGCAAACCUCAGGAGUCAGCUGACUGAACAGCACCUUCUCUGUUGUGCCAAGCAAAAAAAAAAAAGCACUGUGACAUCUGGACAGGUACUGUCCGCUCUGCUACAUCCGUGGAGUCAACCUCAACGAUCCGAUCCUCCUAGAGGCCACAGUGCGUUUGGACUCGCUGCCUCGCACAUUGUUCUCAACUCAUACAAUUUAAGUUGCUGCUGAAAAUUUCAAGAAAAGAAAAAAACUAUUACAAAUCAAUGGUGUAAAUUAUUAAGUACGAAAAACAGUUAAUAAUGAUUGGUGAGAAUUAAAUAUUUAACAUAGGUUUUGAUUUAUACAUGUACUUUUCUUUUUUUCUGCUGGAGCCCGUUUUUUAUGUGGGACUCUAAGGUAUUCAGAUUUUGGGGAAUUGCUAAAGUAAGGCUAAUAAUAUUAUAGGUAGGGUACUAUUCUCCUUUUCUAAGAAACAAAAAAGGGGGUCCUAGAUUACUAGGACUUUUUAUUGUCAGUCCUAUUUAGUGACAGUUGUAAUAUAAGCGUAAAUAAGAAUAUGUUGGUUUUGCACUCCUGAUAGUGAUGUGCUUUAACUCCAUGUGUGCCAGAUAGGGCUGCAGUUUUCGCUAAAUGAAUAGUUUGAACUGAAGACCCUACACAGGUUUGAAAGAAAAAUAAAUAAAAACCCAGACCAUUGUACAGGUACAAGAAAAAAAAUAUAUGAAAUCAACAGUCUUCCAUUGUACAUAAUGUAAAACAUAAAAAAAAAAAGAAAAAAAAAAAAAAGAAAGCGAAACUUGGCUGAACACUCUAAAUGAAAACUCCCUGGAAUGAGCAAUGUGGUUGUUUGUAAAUUCUGGAAAAUCUUUCUAUAUGUAAUAAACUAGAUACUGUUUAA